AUGGAACAACCACCGGGUUUCGUUGACCCAUCAUUCCCGAAUCAUGUUUGCAAAUUAAACAAAGCUCUCUACGGGCUUAAACAAGCUCCGCGAGCUUGGUUUCAAAGGCUUAGUUCCUUUCUCAUCUCUUACGGCUUUACAUGUAGUCGUGCGGACCCAUCGCUUUUUGUUUUUCAUCAAGGUGACUCCAUUAUGUAUCUCUUAGUGUAUGUCGAUGAUCUAAUUCUUACCGGUAAUACGUCCACUCUACUUACCGCUUUUAUCAGUCGUCUACAUAAGGAGUUUGCUAUCAAGGGCUUGGGGAAACUAAGCUAUUUCUUGGUUCUCGAGGUCGUCCAUAAUCCCACUGGCCUAUUUCUCACUCAAACCAAAUACGCCAAUGACAUUCUUACUCGAGCCGGGCUUGUUGAUGCCAAACCGGUCUCAACUCCUCUUUCCACAAAUGACACCUUCGUAUCCGAUGGUCAACCCUUCUCUGAUCCUACUCUAUAUCGGCCCAUUGUGGGAGCUCUCCAAUACCUAACAAUCACCUGCCCCGACCUUUCUUAUGCUGUAAACCAAGCCUGCCAAUUUCUCCAUGCUCCAACCGAACAAAACUACCAACUGGUGAAACGCAUACUUCGGUAUGUUAAAGGAACCAUUUCCCAUGGUCUCGUCUUCCAACGUCCACGGUUCACUAGCAUUCUGGGUUAUUCCGAUGCCGAUUGGGCACGGUGCAUUGAAACACGGAGGUCUACAUAUGGAUACUCCAUUUUUCUAGGGGGAAAUCUAGUUUCGUGGAGUGCAAAGAAGCAACCAACCGUUUCUAGAUCCAGUUGCGAGUCCGAAUAUCGUGCCAUGGCCAACACUGCAGCAGAGAUUGUUUGGAUUACUCACUUGCUUACGGAACUACAUGCGCUUCCGCCAACAAGACCCACUCUCCUUUGUGAUAAUCGCAGCGCCUUGUUUAUGAGUCAAAAUCCGGUUUCUCACAAACGGGCCAAGCACAUUGACUUGGACUAUCAUUUUGUUUGGGAAUUAGUCAUGUCAGGCAAGCUUCAUACUCGCUUCAUUCCAACCAAGCUUCAACCAGCGGACAUCUUUACCAAAAGCUUACCUCGACCUCAAUUCGAGCACUUUCGGGAUUUGCUACGGGUUCGUCCACCGCCGUUUCGCUUGCAGGGGGAUAAUAGAUAA